AUGAAUUUUGAAUAUGUCUCCCUCUCCUUGAAUUUCUUUUUUAUUAUUAUUGUUAUUAUUAUGUGGAUUUUAUGCAAUUCAAUAUGAUGUUUGGAUAAUGGGUUUUUAUUUAAAUGACACCCCAUUUGAAAGUUACGUGCUUUGAUAACAACAAGGUGUGAUUUUUGUGGGAUUUCAAUUUUCAGUUUGGAUUUGUUGUGCUGCUUUCUCUCUCUUCUGUUUCUGUCUCUGCGGUGGUGUGAUUGAGGAUAAGUUCUAUUUCUGUGGUUGAACUUGAAGCUACCUAUUUCUUGCAUGAAUUUUUUUGUCCUCUCUAAUGUAUUUGUAGUGAUUGAAUUUAUUGUUUAAGGGUAAAUUUUAAUAUAAUUUCAAUUUGCAUGUGUGAAUUUAUGGAGCUUUGUUUCCGUUCUGUAAUUGUUGGACUUGACCUGUUCUUUGUUGUUAUGAUGGAAGGAAGUAUUCUUUUUAUCUGAUAAUAAUAACAAUACAUUCAUAACUGAAUAAAUUCGAAAUCCAUUUGAAAAUUUUUGUUUUGGGUGAUUAUAGUUGUGGUAUUUUGCAUCUGGGUAGGCUGGUUUACUCAAUGAUUCUGAAUUGUUUACGUUUUAUUAUCUGUAAUUAGUGUCAAAUUUGUUGUAAUUCCUCAAGAUUUAAUUCGAGAGAGUUGACUAUAAGCUAGAAGCUCCAGAGUUCCUGUGUUCAUUGUAAGACUUCAUUUAUAAUUUCCUUUUUACUGUGGCGGUUAUUUUCUUGUUUGAAAUAUGUUGUCAUAACCAUGAAAUUCAAUCUAAAGCUUUCUUUAUACUUUAAUUGAAGGGUAAAAUACUAAAAUAUCUCUCGUUUGUAUGCCUUGGUCACAUUGUUUUCUUUGAAUCAACUUUUAUGGCAACCAAAAAUCACUUUUUGAGGUUGAGAAUAACAUGAUGAAACUACCUGAUCUGACGACAAGGUAGUGGCUGGAGUUAGAGAGAAUGUUCUUUAUUUUACUUUGAAACCAAACUUAGGUACAAUUCUCUAGGUACUUUUGGUGUUGUUUUCCAAACAAAAUUUGAGUUUCAUGUGGGUGAAAAAGGUUGACAUUUAUUGUUAUCGUAGGUUCCUGAGGUGAAAUCUAAUUUUGAAUGGAAAUUAGCAGCAAAAUUACCUAAAUAAUUGCACAAGCAAAGUGAACUUUUGGUGCAUCAUUUUCAAUUUAAAAUUUCUAGUGAAAGAGAAAGGAUGUCAAGUGGAGCAACAUACUGGUGCUAUACAUGCAGGCAACCAAUCUGGCUUGGGGGAAGUGAUGCCACAUGCCCUUACUGCAAUGGAGGCUUUGUGGAAGAAUUUAAUGAGAUACAACGAGUUGCAACCCGACGCGGUUUUUCAUCACAGCCAGAAGAUUUUGUUCCAAUGCCUGACAUAGUUGAUGCUAUACAAGCUGUUAUGGAACAAAGAGGCUCUGAACCAAGAGUUGGACUUAGAGAUGCUGUUGAAAAUUUCAUGAGGCAAAGAAUGGCUGGAAGAUACUCAAACUUUGAUGUUAGAAGGAGGUCUGGUUCUAACUCAGUUCCUGAACAGAAUUGGGAUGUUUAUAGUUCAGGUCCUUAUUUGAUAGUUCAUGGUCAAGGUGGUCAAGCUCCAGGGUUCACCUUGUCUAAUAGCCACUCAAGGGGCGGUCCUAGGCAUGCUGAUUUUGGCAACUACUUUAUGGGGACUGCUGGACUGGAAGGACUCCUUGAACAACUCACUACAAAUGAUCGGCUUGGCCCGCCGCCUGCAUCGCGUUCUUCAAUUGAUGCAAUGCCAACUAUUAAGAUCACACAAGCACAUCUUCGCUCUGAUUCACACUGUCCAGUUUGUAAAGAAAAAUUUGAACUGGGUUCUGAGGCCAGGAAGAUGCCAUGUAACCAUAUUUACCAUUCAGACUGUAUUAUUCCAUGGUUAGUUCAGCAUAACUCAUGUCCUGUUUGCCGUGUUGAGCUGCCUCCUCAAGGUCGUCGUGCUAGUUCUCGGGGUAUUCGAAUUUGGGGUGGAAGGAAUGCCAAUAGUGGUGGUGACAGCAGUGAUAUCUCCAGCGGAAGGGAGAAUAGCCAGGUGAACAAUGGAAGUAGAAAUAUACUAUCAUCUUUCUGGCCAUUUGGUUCUUCAAGUUCUAAUACUUAAUCCCUGUGCUAAAGGUUUUAUUUCUUCUCCUGCAUAAGUGUAAUUGGUUGUGAAAUAAUGCUUGUAAUUUCAAUGACAAGAAAAAAGUUUCUGAAAUUUGUACCUUGAAUUUGAUCUUUAGAUCAUAGAUGUUUGUGAAAGUGUUUUGUAAAUACAAUUUUCU